CUCAUCAGAUACCACAAAACAUCAAAUAAUUAAGAUAUCUAAAAGAAAAAAAUGGCAGCACGAGCCACAUUCAUAUUCUAUGCUCUCUUCCUAACCUCAAUCCAACUUCUCCUAACACACCACGUGUCAUCCGCCGCCCGAGGAUUAUGGAAAUACAUGGUCCCCAACGUCGGAAUCUCCGCGAUGCAUAUGCAACUUCUCCAUAACGACCGUGUCGUAAUGUACGACCGAACCAACUUCGGACCAUCGAACAUCUCUCUACCUAACGGUAACUGCCGUCACAAUCCAAACGACAUCGUUUCCAAGCUCGACUGCACAGCUCACUCGAUCGAAUACGACGUCGCAAUGAACACCGUCAGGCCCUUAACGGUACAAUCCAACACAUGGUGCUCAUCCGGUUCGGUUAGACCGGACGGUGUUCUUGUCCAAACCGGUGGAGACCGAGAUGGACAACGAAAGGCGAGAACAUUCUCUCCUUGUGAUAACAAUCAAUGUGAUUGGGUCGAAAUUGACAACGGUUUAACGAAUAGAAGAUGGUACGCUUCCAACCAUAUUCUUCCCGACGGUAAACAAAUCGUCGUCGGAGGUCAAGCUCAAUUCAAUUACGAGUUCUUCCCCAAAACGACAAACCCUAACGUAGUCGCGUUACCGUUUUUGACCGAGACUCAUGAUCAAGGACAAGAGAAUAAUCUUUAUCCUUUUGUGUUUAUGAAUACCGAUGGGAAUUUAUUUAUAUUCUGUAAUAACAGAGCGAUAUUACUCGACUAUGUUAAGAACACGGUGGUGAAAACUUUUCCGGCCAUUCCCGGCGGUGAUCCGAGAAACUAUCCGAGCACUGGCUCAGCCGUGUUAUUACCGUUAAAGAAUCUUGAAGCGGAUCAAAUCGAGACGGAGGUUCUGGUGUGUGGAGGUGCACCGAAAGGAUCAUACAACCUCGCUUUUAGAAAGAAAACUUUCGUUAAAGCGCUUGACACGUGUGCAAGGAUCAAGAUUAACGAUGCGAAGCCUCAAUGGACGGUGGAGAAUAUGCCACAUGCUAGAGUUAUGGGAGAUAUGAUUCUUUUGCCAAACGGAGAUGUUUUGAUUAUCAACGGUGGAUCUUUUGGUACUGCUGCAUGGGAGCUUGGUCGUGAACCGGUUUUAGCACCGGACCUAUACCAUCCUGAGAAUCCGGUUAACGCAAGGUUUGAAACGCUAAGGCCGACUACAAUCCCGAGAAUGUAUCACUCCGCGGCUAUUCUUCUACGUGACGGUAGGGUUCUAGUCGGAGGAAGCAAUCCUCAUGCGUUUUAUAACUUCACCGGAGUGCUUUUUCCGACGGAGUUGAGCUUAGAAGCUUUCUCUCCGGUUUAUCUACAACGGGAGUUUGCGAAUCUUCGUCCCAAGAUUAUAUCUCCUAAACCUCAGUCGACGAUUAAAUAUGGGAUGAAUUUGAAGUUGUUGUUUACGGUCGCCGGAGAAGUUGAGACUCCGGUGAAAGUGACGAUGGUGUUUCCGACGUUCACGACGCAUAGCUUCGCGAUGAAUCAGAGGGUUUUGGUUUUGGACAAUGUUAAGUUUACGAGAAAAGGCAAAUCGCCGACGUAUGAGGUUCAAGUGAGGACUCCAAAGUCGGCGAAUAUUGCAUGGCCUGGUUAUUAUAUGAUGUUUGUGGUGAAUCAAAACAUACCAAGCGAAGGUGUUUGGGUAAAGUUAGAAUGAUUCAUUGACUUUUUAUUUUAUAUCUUUAUUUUUGUGUGUUUGUGUUAUUAUUAUUGAAUGAAUUGGUUCUUUGGAGAACCUAAUCAAUUGUACAUGAAUAUGAUAAGAAUAUGUGUUCACAAUUUGAUGAUAAUAAAUUAAUUGGAUACUC